CCUCCCUCCUCGCCAUUGCACCAUUGCACCAUUGCAUCCUCAUUCCACUUUCUUCUUCUUCCUCUUCUUCUUCUUCGGCCCACCUCCCCUGUCACCGUUUACUUUUCUGUACAGUACAUAUUUAUACACGCAUAUACCCUACUCAGCACAAGCCCACCUCCGCACCAAACACCCCAUAGCGCAGUACACUUCAACCGAGCACACCUCGUCCCUUCUGUUUUACUUGCGAUUCUCCACGAAUGGCAAAUGGGAAGAACAGACUGUUCUGGCUCACCAGUCUAGCCAUUGCCUCGAUCCCUCUAGCAGUAACCUUCUUCGGAAUCUACAGCGACCGCCGCUGGCUCACCAUCCUCUCCUUCGUCCUCUUCAUCGUAUGUCUCCUCCUCUCGACCUGCACCUUCCUCUCCUGGAAGACCUUCAAGUUCUCCACACCCAUCAUCCUUCAGAUACUCAGGGCCAUCUCUGUCGCCCUCACUCCUCUGGCCCAUAUUCUCCGUGGGAUCCCCGUAAUCGGCAAGGUCGCCAAUGGCUCCAUCAAGCUGGUCUUCUGGUCAUGGUUCAUCAUCCUCAUGUUCUCGGACGUCCUAGUCCGCAAGCUGCUCAAGGCCUUUGUGGGGCUGCAUGAGCCCAGUGCAGGACAGUACUCGACUGUCAAUGCCUGUGACACUAACUUCCAACCCUGUGGAGAGUUCGGUAAGGUGCUCGACAAGGAAAAGGUCAGGCGGAUUGAAGAGGGCGGACGGGACUUUGAGCGGGACCACGAUUACGACGAGCGCAAAGUCGUCUUGAAACGUCGCGCCAGCGAGUCAAACAAGAGCAGCACUGCAGUCUCUGGCCACAGACGGUCUAAAGAACGCCCCAAAUCACUGGAUCUCAGAUUGAGGACCGCAGGAAAACAAGGAUCCGAUCUAUCCUCCAUGACCGGUGCGGAUUGGGCCAAGGUGCUCGAGAUGGCCAACAUCGACAAAUCACGCUUCGCACAAGACGAAAUUAGCAACGAACACGACCCUGCACAAGAGCACUCGACAACGGAUCAUUACGCCGCUACAGAACCUACUACGGACCGCCCUCGGUAUUCCCAGCCCAUCGCUACUACCCUAGCUAUGGUCUCAAAACUCGUGUACGAGGACGUGCCUGUCAUCAGACAUGAGCUCGCUCGAUCAGGAUACGACAUGCAUUCGUUCCGAGCCAUCGCAUAUAGGAAUACCGUUGGAUUUAUUGUGCAAAAGGGACGCAAUAUUGUUCUCGUCUUCCGCGGGACAGAUCCUCUCAACCUCCAAAACGCUUGGACCGAUAUCCAAUCUCGCCUUGUGCCCAUCGAGACCCUCCAGGACCCACCUGUUCCUCUCGGUAAAUGUCACCAAGGGAUGUACAGCGCUCUGGGUAAGGCCGACAAUUUCAUGUUGCCUUCAGAGGAGCUGGCCCAGCAGCAGCGAGAGUUGAGUCAGCGACAUCACCGCAGAUACAGUGAUACCGACAUGGACGAGGACGACUACUCAUUACACUUGAGCGAAUUCUCGCCAGCACACAGACCACACAUCAGCCCUGCGUCAUCCUUCAGAUCCGAGGUAUCUAAGGCGAACACUCUCAACCUCGAACUUUCCAAUCACUCCAUCUACCAGACGAUCGUCACCUCCAUUCGAGCUGCCUACAUGCUGAUCAAGUUUUUGAUCGUUGGCUUGUUCACGCACGUGGCGGAUCCAGUGGAUUAUCGGUUCGCAGGAGAAGUCAGGGAUUUGAGCGCCUUUGCUCAGGCAUGUCGAUGGGUCGACGGGUUGAGGUUGGAGCACGCAGAGAAGGAGUUCAAGAAGAUGCAAAAACUGGAUAAGACCUCAAAAGUGACGCAUUAUCGAGGAUCGACCUCGGGAUCGCAACGUCUGACCAGGAGCAAUAGUUUGGGCAGCCUCUACUCGCAGGACGAGGUGGACUACCUAGGGAAUUUUGAUCUACAGGAUGGAGGACGCAAGAGGAGACCAAGCAUCACUAGUCACGAGUCGUUUAAAGAUUCUGCCAGGAAACUGUCAUUGACUGGAAUGCGUACGAUGGGUCAGGGACAUCAUCAGAGGAAGCUCUCGGGACAAGGCUCUUAUCGCAAAGAUUCCUUCCAUCCUCCCGACUCUUGGAUGGAUAUCGGCAACUUUAUCCUCGACAUCUAUAACAAUCAGUAUCACAACGAGCAGGAGGGGAAGAUCAAGAGGAAAAGGCUUCGAUUCUACAUUUGUGGCCACAGUCUCGGAGGGGCCCUGGCGACGAUCUUUCUGGCAAAGAUGGUCCAAUGCAACUCGCCGCUUCUUGAUAUUUUUUCUGGACUUUACACAUAUGGACAGCCGAGAAUCGGAGACCGGGAUUUUAGCAAUGCGUUCGGAUACAAGUUGGCAUGCAAAAUGUUCCAUCAUGUUCAUAACAACGAUAUUUUCGCCCGCAUGCCAUUUUGGGGCACUUAUGAGACGCCUCCAGGCACUCUCGUUUUCAUGGACUCUUCCCGCAACCUUACGCUAUACCCGCCGGAUCCAGUGACACUCAUGCCUGUCCCCGUUCGGGGUAUCUCUUUUAUGCAUCUUUCCGGUAUCUUGAACGUACGGGUCAUCAUGAGGAUGCGUAAGGAGUCUUGGCUGCGGAUACUGGAGCGAAUCGUUCUUCCAUUCUUUUUGAACGACCAUUUCCCUGGAGACUAUGUUAAGGCAUUGGCGGAGGGUAAGAUCGAGGUAGUGGUUCAAGAUACAGCAAGAUUCGGCGGCGUGGACGAAGCAGAGACCGGAAGCCCUGUCCAGAGUGGCUACUUUUCGUUCUUUAACAGGAGGAAGAAGAUGACGACGCCAGCAGUGGGGACUCAUGGCCAUGCAGUCGACAAAAUGUUAUCCAGGAGACCAUCAUACGCAGAAAGUGGCAACGGGCCGUUUAUUCCCAUGGAACCGCUAUCUGGCGACAUCGACAGUGGGUAUGGAGCAGAGAAUUCUAUCGCGGACAAGGACUUGUCGAAGGCCCGUCGAAGGAUCGUGAAAUAUACUUAUCGCCAAGACGGUGAUGAUGACGAGGACUCGUAUCAUGGCAAUGGUUCUCGUCGAUCCAUAUACAGAGAUAAUGACAUGGAGGGAGAGAUGCGCUGGAAGCAGCUGGCAUUGGAGCCCGAGCCAGAACGACAGAGGCAUUCGAAGCGCCGGUCGCGCUCUUCGUCGCAAUCGCGGUCGAGUAGGAACUCUAUGAGGAUGCAGAGGACCAGGAGAGGGAGCGUCGGUCAGAGACAACCUCGUAAUCAGGUUUCGACGUUUGAGUUCUCAUAGAAAGACCUCUCGAAACAUUUGCUCUGUGUGAAGGUGUAUAAAGAAAUAAUAAAGCUUGAGCAAGCUGUUUGAAGGUCAACAACAAUGAUAAAAGAAC